AUGGAUCAACAACAACAAGCUCAACAACCACCACCCUCACAACCCACCAACGAUUUCAAGGGAGAGUUUGUGCAUCCAGUGGUGUCCGCAAACAAGGGUACAGCCUCUUCUUUGCUGUUGGAGGAUUAUACAAGAACUCAUAUUGCGAAAAAUCCGCUCAAAGGAGGAGGAAAACCUUCGAGACCCGAUGCCAAAUAUUUGCCAAAAUCAAGUGAAUCUCCUUUCGGAUCUUUUCCUGGCGAAUUUAAAGUACGAUCUGUGAAACCUCAAACUGAAUCGAGUGAAUCAUCAUCAUCGACUAAGGACAUUGGUUUGGUAGGAUCAAAGAUGGUCUCUUCUCGAACUUCAUUGGAAAAGACAGAGAGAGGAACAUUCGCUUGGAGCCCAAAGAAAGUUGGAACUGGGGGAGCUUCUAGUUCUUUGAGAGAAGGAAAGAAACCAACUCCUCCACCAAAGCCUGUUGCCGGGGCAAUGGAGAGACGACCAAUACCAGAUACGCAAUUUAGAAAAUUUUAUGAGAGAGGCGAUCUUCCAAUAUCCAUUAAACACGAAGGAACAAACGAAAUUCAUUGGAAAGUCAAAGCUGAGAAGCUUGACUAUCACCACUAUCUCCCAAUAUUUUUUGAUGGCUUACGAGAGAAGGAAGAACCUUAUCGAUUCUUAGCGGUUCAAGGAACAUUUGAUUUGUUGAAAUAUGGAAAGGACAAGAUUGUAAAUUGUAUACCACAACUAAUCAUUCCAAUCAAGACUGCACUUAACACUCGAGACCCAGAAAUUAUUUGUACAGUUCUUAAAGUCAUUCAGCAAUUGGUGCUUUCUAAUAAUAAGGUUGGAGAAGCACUUGUUCCAUAUUAUCGACAAAUUCUUCCAAUCUUUAACUUGUUCAAAACGCAGAAUAUCAACCUUGGAGAUGCCAUCGAAUACAGCCAAAGAAAGAGACUCAACAUUGGUGAUUUAAUUGAAGAGACUCUUCAACUUUUGGAACAAGAAGGAGGAGAGGAUGCAUUUAUUAAUAUCAAAUACAUGAUCCCCACCUAUGAAUCCAGUGUUCUUAAUUAA